CCCACGAGCAUUAGUUUGAUUGUCCUCCCUACUAAACACCAAUUCAGUCAAUUCUUUAUCAACACUCUAAACAUAAAUGAAUUAAUCUGAUUUCUCUUCAAUUCUAUUCUUCCUCAUUCGACCUCUUCCACACUUUUGGAACAGGCGUGUGUGUACUGUAUAUAACCGAACUCAUCCAAGUCUGGAAAAAAAAUGCCACGCACUACCUGCCUGCAACUAACUAGCACCGCAACAUUAAUUUUUUGUCCCGCCUCGUCCGUCUUUCCACCGGCGCCGCUCUUGGCAAAAUGGCGACGAGGAAACUGCAGCCGCAGCUUAAGGUCGCCAUGUUCCCAUUGUUCGCCGUCGGCCACAUCACCCCGUACAUCCACCUCUCCAACCGCCUCGCCGCCCGCGGCCACCGCGUCCACUUCCUCCUCCCCGGCCCCACCACCCUCGCCAAGCUCGCCCCCCUCAACCGCCACCCCCACCUCAUCACCUUCCACCCAAUCGCCGUCCCCCACGUGGACGGCCUGCCACGUGGCGCAGAGACCACCGCCGACGUGCCCCGGCACCUCAUCCCCUUAGUGUUCGCCGCGAUGGACGCCACGGAGGACCAGUUCAGGUCCAUCGCGGCACGCGUGGGACCCCUGGACGUCGUCCUCUACGACUCGUCCAUGUGGCUCCCACGCAUCGGGCGUGAGGUCGGCUUCCUCACCAUGACCUACGGGAUCGUCUCCGCCUCCGUGAUGGCGCUCCGGCUUGUCCCCUCCGCGAGGCUCGCCAAGGGGAUGACCGACGAGGAGAUGGCGAUGACGCCGCCGGGCUACCCGCCGCAAUCGGCGGUGCUGCCCCGGCCCGACGAGAUCAAGCAGUCGAGGAUCUUCGCCGAGAAGUUCGGGUCGGUCUCUCUCUACGACAGGAUCGUGACGUCGGUUUCGGGCUGCGACGCCAUGGCGCUGAGGACCUGCUGGGAGCUGGAAGGCGUGUUUGUCAAGUACGUGGAGGAGCAGUACGGGAAACGGGCUUUCCUGACUGGGCCGGUUCUGCCGGAUUUAGAUUUAGGGCUGGGCCUGGACGAGAAAUGGGCCGCAUGGCUGUCGAAAUACCCGCGAGGAUCGGUACUCUACUGUGCGUUUGGCAGCGAGAGCCUUCUCCAAAAGGACCAAUUCCAAGAGCUUCUCCGAGGGUUCGAGUUAUGUGGGAGGCCUUUUCUGGUGGCGCUGAAGCCACCGGAAGGGUGCGCGACCGUGGAGGAGGGGUUUCCGGAGGGGUUCGCGGAGAGGGUGAUCGACGGCGAGGGAGGGAGAGGGUUGGUGUGCGGUGGGUGGGUGCCGCAGCUGCAGAUUCUGGACCACCCGUCGGUCGGGUGCUUCGUGAGCCACUGUGGGUUCGGUUCGAUGUGGGAGUCGCUGCUGAGUGACUGCCAGAUCGUGUUGGUACCCCAGCAGAACGAUCAGAUCGUGGGGACGAUGUUGAUGACGAAAGAUUUGAAAGUGGGCGUGGAGGUGGAGAAGGACGAGGAGGGUUGGGUGAGCAAGGAGAAGUUGAGUGAAGCCAUUGAAAUGGUGAUGGAUGAAGGGAGCGAGAUUGGAAGGGUGGUGAGGGAGAAUCAUUUGAAGCUGAGGGAGGUUUUGGGGGAUGGGAAUUUGCAGGAGAGGUACGUUGAUGGGUUUGUUUGUCAACUCUAUGACCUGCUCGAAAAAUGUUAAGGAGUUUCUUCGACGUGUCAUGUUUUUUUUUAUUGGGUUGUUUCUUCAUUUUGUCGGCGCUACUUUCCAUUUGGCUUGAAUAAAAUUGUAACAUCUUUGAUUCUUGAGUUCAGAUUUGACAAAUAAUAAAAGUAAGAGUUGGAUCGACGAUUAACUGUGAGAAAUGGAACUUGCAUAAAAAAAAAUUGUGAAGUUUGGAUUGCAGAGCACAAAGUUAUGAUCCUCUAAAGUUUGACGAAUAGAAAAAUUGCUUGUUCGUGGUAGCAAAUAAAGUUUUUUUGAGACGAAGGCGAGAAAAAAUUGCCUACGACGUUUGCGGAUUGCAAGAUCUCGAAAAAGUAUGUGGAAUAAAAAAAAAUUAACAACGAUUGGAUACCGAGCGCAAAGUUAUGUUAAUUUGAGUUUUAAAAAAAAAAUUCAUACUCAAACAGGGGGGUGGAGUGGCAGUUUUUAGCCGGAUCGCUGAGGCGACGCACGAUCAAUCUAGCCACGGCGAUCUCAUGCACUUUUCAGCCGGCAGAAACGAAAAACCGCGGCACCCACUGCGCUUUUCGUAUAAACCGGCAUAUGAGGCCGCGAUUUUUGGAAAAAGGUGGUGGUAUUUAUGGAAGUUUAUAUUUUCUGGUGGUAUUUCUUGAAAAUUCCCAUAAAUAUGAGUAAAUAAUCUUAGUCCAGCUGGGACCUGUUUGCUAAUAGUUUAGGGCAAAACAGGUCAAACUAAUUGUAACCAUUGGUUUAGUAUAAAACUACAUACUAACUCCAUUCAAUCGGUCAAUAUAAGCUAGGGUCAAUUAACUAAUCAUCCAACUUGUAAAUUAUCCGUUGCUUUAGUUGUCACCUUGACUUUGCUCCAAUACCAAGCACUCCAAAAGUCAUCUUUAUCGACCAAAAAAACGUCAUCACUAAUUGUUGCCAACAAAAUAGUAAGAUCACAUAAAAAAAUACAACGUAUGAAGUGUAUAACAUCAAGAAAUUGAGUGAUAAGAAAAGCCUGAAGCUACUCGAUCUAGAGUCCUUUGACCAAGGAGAGCCUAAUUAAGAAGGGUAUGAAGAGCUUUUUCAAGUGUAUUUUGAUGUAUUGCCAAGGGCUUCAAUUGGAAAGUGAAGUUUUGGUAUAGGAGGGGAAAAAAAGGAGAGUUUGAAGGAUACAAGAAAUUGGGUCAUUAACA